AUGGAGACCUAUCCCAACGCGCAGCAAAUGCUCGAAGAAAUCAACGCGGGCUACAGACGCUGGGAUUGGUCUUGUAUCGUGUUUGAUUAUCCGCGUGAUGGCCGAACAGAGGGAUAUAUGCAGCUUUAUUUGCUCCCUGAUUCUUUUGCCCACGUAUUUCCAGACAGUCAAGACCCUUCGUUUCAGGUAGAAGGUACAGCGUUGACUCAACAUUUUCAAAAAUACGGCAAUUUGGACUACGCGCUGGUAUCUGUGCUAAUGGAAAGCUUGGUCAAGGCUGCUAUAGAUGAAGAAUCGGAGAUAGGGUUUUCUGCAUGGGGGGCAAGACUGUGA